AUGUGGGACACCAUCAAAAGUAAUAAUAUGUGCAUAACUGGAAUCCCAGAACAAGAAGAAGAAACAGGCAUCCUGACCUUGGCUCUGACUGAAGCGCUGGUAUUUGCUGUCCACGAACCAUCUCCCAGGGACUCUCUUCAGGUCCUCCCCUCAGGCACAACAGCAGACAUGAUGGUAACAGCCCCCUCCAGUUCUCCCAGACACUCCAUGGUGACGGCUGUCCCUGCUGCGGUGGUGGCACAGACACAGUAUGAUGGUGGAACCUCUUCACAAGCCACAGUACCCAUGACGACACCAUCCCAUCCAGACAGACAUCCUCCUACAAACAUCACCCCUACCAUCGAGACCACACCAGCUAUCCCCUAUUCUGAAAACUCCUUGCACACUGGGCCUAUUCCUGCUGCCAUGGAAAAUACGUCCUCUCAUUCACAAGGCCACCCCCCUGGGGGGGCUGUCCUCACCACCAUCCUGCUGACAAAACCACCAGGAGUCACCAGAGUCACCACCCGCCCCACCAAAUCAUCUACCAGGUCUGCCACACGCAGGCCCCCGAGGCCACAGGGCUCUUCCCGAAAGGGAACAGGCAGUUCAUCAAGUCCUGUCCCACCGGCGUCCAGUAGCCACUCGGGAAGAAAGGAGAGCCAGCGAGGACGCAAUCAGAACUCCACGCAUCUGGGCCAGAAGCGGCCCCUUGGGAAAAUCUUUCAGAUCUACAAGGGCAACUUCACAGGGUCUGGAGAACUAGAACCCUCUGCCCUGACUCCCAGGAACUCACUCCAAGCAUCCACUUUCUCACCAGAGCCCCAGACAGUAUCUGUAACCACAGCAUCCAGGAGUACCUGGUGGGCACCAUCCACCCCCACCCUGGGGCCUGCAGAGAACAAGCCAGGCCUUAGAACAGGCCAGGGGAGUGGUCCCACCAUCACCAGCCAAGGAGGGGUGCUGAACUCUACAGCAACUUCAGGUGCCCCUUCCAGUCCACGCUCUACCCCAGUGCCUUCUCAGCGCCCCCGUGGUGACCCACAGGACAGCCCCAGCCAUACUAAGUUCUGGCUGACUGUCACCCCCAGCACCAGUGGACCUCUAUUGGCCAGUUCUGGGGUCUUCACAGCCUCCACGGGGCCCACUCAGGCUGCCUUUGAUGUCAUUGUCUCAGUCCCUUCUAAGGGGCUUCCUCAGGGAGCAUCUCCGACCCCAUGGGCCCCAGCCCACACCCCCAGUGUCACAGCCCCCAUCCCUAGGGCCCCAGAAAGCACUAUUUCCCUCACUGAAGAGGAAGCUAGGGCUGCCUCCUCCAUGACAGGCAGAGCACCCAGUCCUCUCUCCACAGUGGUGUCCACAGCCACAGGGAACUUCCUCAACCGCCUGGUCCCUGCCCAGACCUGGAAGCCUGGAACAGUAGGGAACAUCUCCCAUGUAGCUGAAGGGGACAAGCCCCAGCACAGAGCCACCAUCUGCCUGAGCAAGAUGGAUAUCAUCUGGGUGAUCUUGGCCAUCAGUGUGCCCAUCUCCUCCUGCUCCGUCCUGCUGACAGUAUGUUGCAUGAGGAGGAAGAAGAAGACCGCAACCCCAGAGAACAAACUGAGCUACUGGAACAACGCCAUCACCAUGGACUACUUCAGCACGCGGGCUGUGCAGUUACCUCAGGAAAUCCAGUCCCUGGAGACCUCUGAGGACCAGCUCUCAGAGCCCCGCUCCCCAGCCAAUGGUGACUACAGGGACACUGGGAUGGUCCUGGUGAACCCUUUCUGUUGAGAAACGCUCUUUGUGGGGAACGAUCAGGUGUCCGAGAUCUAA